GCGGCAAAGGGCACGGUGUAGGGCGGUGCUAACCCGGCUAGGUGCUGGUGCCAAGGUCGCGGCGCCGCGCUGGGACAGGGCCACGCCCAGCAGGAGGGUGACAAGAAAAAGCAGUUGUCACCUCCACCAAGUUCAACCCUAACUCCCCUAAGUACAGGAUUAGGGUGCCCAGCUCACCCAUCUGUCGGCUGGGACUCAGAGGGGGCGCGAGUUGCAGUCUUUUGAGUCUCAGCCGACCACUAGGCCGGGUGAAUGGAGCCGGCCCUGACCAGAACAAUCAGCUCUGGUGCAGAAUGGGCUGGGCUACACCGCCCUAAACGUGGCCGUGGUAGCAUCAUCCCCGAUGCGCCGCCGGGGCCGCGGGGUCCGUGUCCCGCCCCGUGAGACGGCCGUGGAAAGCGCGGCUCCCGUGUGUGCAACUUAGAAAGUGACCGAGCUGCAGGGCAGGAGAGGUGCCAGCCUAGUGCCGUCCCCGCUGCGCCGCGUCCGAUCCCCCGGCCCAGACCGCGUUUGGCGGCUCGCCGCUCCUAGCCCGGGCCGGCCCCUGCGGCCGCUCGCAAAACGCGGCGAGCGGAACCCGCACGCGGAAGCGCCCGUCGCACUGAGCAUGCCCAGUGGCACAGUCGAACAGAGGAGUUUUUUUUCUUUUUCUUUUCUUUCUUCUUUUUUCUCUCUUUCUUCUUUUUCUUUUUUCUGGGUCUCCAGCAGGAGGCCUGUCCCCCACCCUCAGUUCAGACCCCCGCCGUCCCCGAGCCUGAGCAGCUAACCAUGGCCGAGGUGUCCGGCGCCGCGUUGUCCCAGGCGGGUUGGUAUCUUUCAGAUGAAGGCAUUGAAGCUUGUACAAGCUCUCCUGGGAAAGUCAAUAUAAAUGACAUCAUCCUGAUUGCUCUCAAUACAGAUUUGAGAACAAUUGGCAAGAAGUUCCUCCCCAGUGACAUCAGCGGUGGAAAGGUAGAAAAGCUCGAAGGUCCAUGUGUUUUACAAAUUCAGAAGGUCCGCAAUGUGGCUGCGCCGAGGGAUAAUGAGGAGUCACAAGCUGCGCCCAGGAUGCUGCGUGUGCAGAUGACGGACGGGCACACGAGUUGUACGGCAGUAGAGUUCAGUUACAUUUCAAAGAUAAGCCUGAACACACCACCUGGCACAAAAGUGAAGCUCUCCGGCACUGUGGACAUAAAGAACGGAUUCCUGCUGUUAAGUGACUCUAACACCACAGUUCUUGGUGGUGAAGUGGAACACCUAAUUGACAAGUGGGCGUUACAGAGAAGCUUACUAAAACACAACAGAAGCAAUAUUGGAGCUGAAGGUGGCCCGCCUCCUUUUUUACCUUUCGGACAGAAAUGUGCAUUUACUGUCCAAGUGGAUAGCAGAGAACUUGAUCGAAGAAAGACAUUACAAGUUUCAUUGCCUGCUAAACCUACAAAUGAUAAUGAUGAGUUUGAAAAGCAAAGGACUGCUGCCAUUGCAGAGGUCGCGAAGAGCAAAGAGACCAAGACAUUUGGAGGAGGUGGAGGUGGAGCCAGAAGUCAUCUCAAUAUUGGUGCUGGCGGGCACCGAAAUCGGGAGGUUUCACAGAAGGAAAAGGCUUCCAAGUCAGACAGCAAAAACGAAGGUGUCUAUAGAGAACUGGUCGAUGAGAAAGCGCUGAAGCACAUAACGGAAAUGGGCUUCAGUAAGGAGGCGUCGCGGCAAGCGCUGAUGGAUAAUGCCAACAACCUAGAGGCAGCCUUGAACGUACUUCUGAACAGCAGUAAACAGAAGCCUGUCGUGGGUCCUCCUCCCAGAGGUAGAGGGAAAGGCAGGGGGCGAGUACGAUCAGAAGAUGAAGAAGACCUAGGAAACGCAAGACCGUCAGCACCAAGCACAUUAUUUGAUUUCUUGGAGUCUAAAAUGGGAACUCUGAAUAUGGAAGAACCUAGGUCACAGCCACAGCACCUUUAUCAAGGACAGCACAGAGUAUCGAAUACUGAGCAAAAUGGGAUAAAGGAUGGCAAUCAAUCAAGACAUCUUCCUCGGAACGACCCCAGGCAGCCGAGAAAUGAGAAACCUCCUCGCUUUCAAAGAGACACCCCCAAUUUGAAGUCAGCCUUAGAAAACAGCUUAUUAUCUAGAAAUAGAGGCUCCGAAAGACCAAGCAGUUCUUCAGGUUCUGAUGUGUGGGCAGAAGAGAGGAUCAAGUGUGAUAGGCCGUAUUCUAGAUAUGACAGAACUAAAGACGCUUCGUAUCCUUUAGGUUUUCAGCACAACGAUGGUGCUUUUAAAAGGAGAGAUAACUCUAUGCAAAACAGAUCAGGAAGAGGCCCGUUGUAUGCAGAGGCAAAAGAAAACCCACAUCCUUCAGAAUUUGUAGAUUAUAAUAAUCAAAAACGUGGGAAAAGAGAAAACCAAACCAGUAAUCCUGAUCAUUUUUAUGACAGGAAAUCACGAACAAUAAAUAGUGAAGCGUUUAGUGGUCUAAAAAUUGAAAAACAUUUUAGUGCAAAUACUGAUUAUCAGAAUCCUGUCCAAAGUAAUAGUUUUGUUGGUGUUCCAAAUGGAGAAACAGAUAUGCCUAUGAAAGGAAGACGCGUAGGACCAAUUAAGCCAGCAGGACCUGUCACAGCUGUGCCCUACGAUGAUAAAAUAUUUUAUAAUAGUGGGCCCAAAAGAAGAUCUGGGCCAAUUAAGCCUGAAAAGGUGAUAGAAUCAUCUAUUCCUGUGGAGUAUGCAAAAAUGUGGAAACCUGGAGAUGAAUGUUUUGCACUUUAUUGGGAAGACAACAAGUUUUACCGAGCAGAAGUUGAAGCCCUGCAUUCUUCGGGCAUGACAGCGGUCGUGAAGUUCACGGACUAUGGAAACUACGAAGAGGUGCUUCUAAGCAACAUCAAGCCUGUUCAGACAGAGGCAUGGGAAGAAGAGGGUACCUAUGAUCACACCAUUGAGUUCCGGAGAGGGGGUGACGGACAGCCUCGAAGGUCCACUCGGCCAACACAGCAGUUUUACCAACCUCCUCGAGCUCGGAACUAAUGUGAAAGGGUUUUUGUGAAGGAAGAACCACUGACUGAAAGAUCCUGGCAGCCCAUUCAUAGAUUUUCCACUUCUUCAGACUGUGACUCAACGUGCUGGAUAUGAUUUUUAGAGAAAGAAAAAAAAAAUAAGGCAAAUUUUAGGGGAAAGAUUCAACCUACACAAAGCAAGGGGGGAAAUACUGAGUCUGAUAGAGCAAAUAUCUUUACAAUGGAAAACUUUUCUUCUGCCAUCAAUAAAACCAUUGUGUUAUUGUA